AUGUCUGAACUCAAGAUUGCGAACAACCACAAUGCUUUGGCUUCCAUUGCGAAUUCUGGUCCAAUUUCCAUUUUGUCCUACUGUGGUUCUUCCAUUUUAAUGACGGUUACAAACAAAUUCGUUGUUAAUUUGAAAGAUUUUAACAUGAACUUCGUCAUGUUAUUCGUUCAAUCUUUGGUCUGUUGUUUAACUUUAGUUGUCUUAAAAUUCUUAGGCUAUGCUAAGUUCCGUCCAUUGAAUAAGACUGACGCCAAGAAUUGGUUCCCAAUUUCUAUAUUGUUAGUUCUUAUGAUCUACACUUCUUCUAAGGCUUUACAAUUCUUAGCAGUGCCAAUCUAUACAAUUUUCAAGAAUUUAACUAUUAUCUUAAUUGCUUACGGUGAAGUUUUAUUUUUUGGUGGUAACGUUACCGCUAUGGAAUUAUCUUCCUUUUUAUUAAUGGUUCUAUCAUCUGUCGUUGCUACUCUAGGUGAUCAACAAGCCAUUGCCCAAAAAAAUGCUGAAAUGGCUCUAGCCAAUGAAGUUGGUGCCUCUGUCGCUUUAUUCAACCCAGGUUACUUUUGGAUGUUCACUAACUGUAUCUCCUCUGCUUUAUUUGUCUUAAUAAUGAGAAAGAGAAUUAAGUUAACCAACUUCAAGGAUUUCGACACCAUGUUUUACAACAAUGUCCUAGGUUUACCUAUCUUAUUAGUUGCAUCUUUCUGUUUUGAAGAUUGGUCUCCAACAAAUUUAGCUACUAAUUUAUCCGGCGAUUCUUUAACCGCUAUGAUUAUCUCUGGUGUGGCUUCCGUCGGUAUAUCCUACUGUUCUGGUUGGUGUGUUCGUGUCACUUCUUCCACUACUUACUCUAUGGUUGGUGCUUUAAACAAAUUACCAAUCGCUUUAUCUGGUUUGCUUUUCUUCGAUGCUCCAAGAAACUUCUUAUCCAUUUUCUCUAUCUUCUUAGGUUUCUUAUCUGGUAUAGUGUAUGCUUUAGCUAAACAAAAGAAACAACUACAACAAUCCCACAAAUAA